AUGGCCAGAUACCACACAGACUGCAUAGAGAGACCUUUACGCAUCUGUUUUGAGAUGAUGGGCGCUUUUAUUGGAUCUCAUCCCUGGUGGUUCCUGACUGCCCCCCUUAUUCUGUCGACAGGUUUGGGGAGUGGGUUCUAUUUUCUCAAGGACAGGAUGUCCAACAAUAUCGAAGACCAGUUCACACCAGUUGAUGGACGAGCCAAGAUGGAGAGGAAAUACAUCCAAGAAACGUUUCCAGGAAAUGAUUCCAUGUUUUCCAGUUUAAGGAUGAGCACAGAUGGGAAUUAUGCAACACUCAUAGCUACGAGUGACAGGAAUAUUCUGACAGUGGAGUCACUUCAGGACAUCCUAGAUUUGGACCUUAAAAUUAGGAGGAUGGCAGUGCAGUUUGACAACCAGUCAUUUGAAUAUGUGGAUGUUUGUACAGUAGUGAUGGGAUCCUGCACUUCUAAUGACAUUCUAGAUAUUAUUGAAUACAACGCCAAUAAUAUAGACAUUGUCAAUUUGACGUUUCCGUGGUAUCACACUGACCUUAGGAGUAUUCCCUUACAUUUAAGUUUGGGAAGUGUUAAAUUGAAUAAAGAGGUCGUUGAAAGUGCUAAAGCAGUACAGCUCCAUUAUUAUUUACGAGAGGACAACAAAACAAAAACAGAUUUGUGGUUGGAAAGCUUCAUACAUUUGGUUGCAAAUGAAUCAUCAUCUUCCAUUCAGGUGUCAUACUCCACUUCCCUGUCGAUGCAGUGGGAAUUUGAGAGAUCUCCAGCUUCAGUCAUCAGUUUAUUCUCCAUCACCUACGCCAUUGCUAUUGCAUUUUCUAUUCUAUCAUGCUGGAGGUUGGAUAAUGUGAGGACGAAGGUGUGGGUGGCAUCCUGUGGGGUGCUCUCCACAGGUCUAGCAGUCCUGAGUGGUUUUGGUGCGCUGUUGUUGCUUGGACAACCUUUUGUCAUGACAGUUGCCUCCUGCCCUUUCAUGAUAUUAGGUAUUGGACUCGACGACAUGUUCAUCAUGAUCUCCUGCUGGCAGAGGACCCGAGUUCUAGAUAGCGUUCCGGAUAGGCUGGCUGACACCUACAGGGAUGCCGCUGUCUCCAUAUCCAUCACCACCCUAACCGAUGCUCUGGCUCUCUUCCUCGGCUACAGCUCGCCCUUUGGCUCAGUCCGAUCCUUCUGCCUCUACGCUGGGAUCUCUGUUUGCUUCUGCUAUUUGUACAGCAUCACUUUCCUGGGGGCUUGCAUGGCUUUGAACGGACGGAGGGAAGCAGAGAACAAACACUGGUUCACCUGUGCCAAAAUCCCAGAGGAUUUACCGCCCACAGAUUCAAAAAGCUUCAGUAUGUGUUGUGUUGGAGGGAGCUACGAUCGAAUCACUGAAAAGGAGGAAACAGAGCCCAUGAGUCAAAUCUUUGAGCGGUGCUAUGGCCCCUUUCUCACCCACAAAUUGAUUAAAGCAUGUGUGAUUGUAAUCUAUACUGGUUAUCUGGCUGUUAGUAUAUAUGGUUGUUUUAUCUUAAAAGAGGGACUCGAUAGAAGAAAUCUGGCUCUGGAUGAUUCCUACAUCAGUAAUUACUACAACACUCAAAGGCAACACUUUUCUGAAUAUAGCUGUAACGUGAUGGUGGCAGUGAAGCAGCCCUUCCCCUAUUGGGGUGAGGAUGAGCAGAAGCAUCUCUUUUCAUGCAUUUCAAAUUUUGAAAACUUGAAUUAUGUAAAUGGCACUUUUGGUUGGUUUCUGUCCUUUCAGCAGUAUGCAAACACGACUAAUCUUAGCAUUCGUUCACAAGAAGCUUUCCAAACCCAUCUGCCCCAUUUUUUAGAACUCAACUCCAUGUUCAGACAGGACAUCAACUGGACCGGAGACAAUCAGAUUCAGGCCUCUCGCUUUUUCAUUCAGACACUGAACAAAACCACAAUGGAGGACAUGAUGAGUGGACUCAGGGAAACAGCAGAAGAGUGUCCAGUUGAGCUUCUGGUUUAUCACCCUGCUUUCAUCUACUUUGACCAGUAUAUUGUUAUUAUGGGCAACACUAUUCAAACCAUUCUGGUGGCUGUGAUUGUGAUGCUAGUCGUCUCACUCAUCCUGAUACCCAGUCCCCUUUGUUCCAUAUGGGUGGCUUUUGCAAUUUGCUCAGUCACUGUUGGCGUGACGGGGUUCAUGUCUCUGUGGGGUGUACACCUGGACUCCAUUUCUACGAUCAACCUGGUCAUGUGCAUCGGUUUCUCUGUGGAUUUCUCAGCACAUAUUUCUUACUCAUUUGUCUCCAGCCCCAAGAGUGACGUCAAUGAGAAAGCUAUUGACGCUCUGGCCCGUUUAGGGUAUCCAAUAGUGCAGGGAGCAUUGUCUACUGUUUUAGGAGUCGUGGUGCUGUCCAUGUCUGGGAGUUAUAUAUUUAGGACUUUCUUCAAGAUUGUGUUCCUUGUGAUUACUUUCGGGCUGCUUCAUGGCUUGGUGUUUAUUCCAGUAUUUCUGACUAUACUUGGGGCCUGUUGA